AUGGCGACCCUAGCAGAUGAAUUGCUGAACGAUUUCGAGGACUCUGGCUCAGAAGCAGAGGAGACUCAGCAAGACAAUGAUCCCCUAGGACUUGAUCAUGCGCCCGAGGCGAGCGGUCGCAAAGCAUCGGGCGGCAUGGAUCUGGACGAUGACCAGAGCGAGCCCGAGGACCAAGAUGAGGAAAUGGGUGGGACACCCAAGGGUGCUGUCGACCCUGUCGAAGAUGCAGAGGAUACAAAGGCAAAGGUCGAGAAGAUGCAGCUGGGUGGCGUCAACGAUGUUCGCAGCGUCGCCAGUCUCAUGUCAAGUUUGGAGCCAGUACUAGAGAAAAUCGCACACUACCAGUCGCAACCGACCCCUACAGAACUGCUCGGCAACAUCGAAGACCAUCCCGAAUACCACCUCCUGACACAAUCGAACAGCCUGUCGACUCUUAUAGACAGCGAGAUCGUCUUGGUGCACAAGUAUAUCAGAGACCACUACUCAAUACGGUUCCCAGAAUUGGAGACGCUCAUCACCAACCCGCUGGAGUAUGCGAAGGUCGUCGCGAUCUUGGGCAAUGGACCGCUUGAUUCGGAGAAUAUCAAGAAGCUUCAGCAUUCAACGGACAAUGUCCUUCAAGCGUCCUUGAAAUCCGUCCUCGACGGUCCAUCCCUCAUGAUCGUAACAGUGGAGGCUACGACGACGAAGGGCAGAGACAUGUCGCAAGAAGAACUGGAACGCGUAUAUAGAGCCUGUGAAAUGGUCAUCUCCCUCGAUAAGGCGAAGAAGACCCUGACAGGCUAUGUCCAGUCGCGCAUGAACCUGUUCGCGCCUAAUUUGACUGCUAUGAUCGGUUCUCUGACGGCUGCUCAAUUGUUGAACGCCGCCGGUGGCCUUACUGGUCUAUCGAAGACACCCGCGUGUAACAUUGCAGCGUGGGGUUCGAAGAAAGGUGCUGGGGCCGCGGGCUUGGCUACGAAUAUCGGCGUCAGGCAGCAGGGUUUCCUUUACCACUCACCCAUCAUCCAAGGCAUUCCCAACGAUCUCAAGAGACAGGCAAUGCGCAUCGUGUCGGCCAAGCUGCUGCUCGCUGCUCGCGUCGACAGAAUCCACUCCAGCGCCGACGGCUCGACGGGCGAGGAUCUAAAGGAGCAGUGCCUCACGAGACUCGAGAAGCUCACGGAGCCGCCUCCAAACAAGGGCCCCAGAGCUUUGCCGGUACCAGACGACAAGCCUUCCCGCAAGCGUGGUGGUAGAAGGGCAAGGAAGGCCAAGGAGGCGACGGCCAUGACGGAAUUGCGCAAAGCUCAGAACAGAAUGGCCUUUGGCAAGGAGGAGCGCGAGGUCGGAUACGGCACAGGGGAGACCACAGUUGGCAUGGGUAUGAUCGGGCAGGGUAACGACGGCAGAAUUCGCAACCUCCAAGUCGAUCAACGCACGAGGGCCAAGCUCGGCCAGAAGAACAAGGGCUGGGGCGGCGCAACGCCCAUGGGCGGAGCGGCAUCCUCGCUCAAGGGUUUUGGACAAUCAGCAAACUCCAACAUUGACCUACGCGGCAAGGGCCUGAGGACGUCAGGUGUUGGCACAUCGCUGGGCGCGGGAGCGGGCACGGCAUCCUCGCUGGCCUUCACGCCUGUACAGGGUCUGGAGCUUGUCGACCCCAAGGUCCAGGCUGAACUCAGUCGCAAGCGAAAGGCUGAAGAGGACCGGUGGUUCAAGGGUGGCACUUUCACUCAGGUUGCGGGCUCGUCCAAUGAUGGCUUCAAGAAGCCAGACUUGCCUCCCAGUAAGAGGGUUGAUACCGGCGCCGGCAAGAUGGGACCUCCACCUCCGAGGAGCGGCUGA